AUGGCAAAAACGCGUUCACUGCGACUAAUACUUAGUGAAUUCCGUAACGGACUUUAUAUAAGUAUGCGGCGCCUGCUUGGAUCGGAUUCACAAGCGCAGAAUAUUUCUGCAAAUGACAGCUAUGAUUCAAGUACGAAUUUAGUUCAGGACACACCUUCAGUUUCAAGGCCUAGUAAGGAGGCGCAAGAGCUGCCAGAGGAUUCAGUACAGUGCCCAAAAAUGGAAGAAACAUUGGUGGCAUUAAUACCUGUAAAUGACGAUCGCCUGAAACCGAAGAAAACAUGGGCAUACAUUUUAUGUGUGGUUCUUAUUUGUGGUUUAUUGGCAAGUACUGCCAUAUUUAUUCUCGUCCCACGAGCCGUGGAUUUAAGCAGCACUUCACCUCCCAUUGAGAUCAUUAAUGUUUUCGAGCAUUCGAAGGGUAGAAUUAGUUUCCACUUCUUGAAUUCUGUUAACGUGUCGAACGCUAACUACUAUUCUGUGCGAGUAGUCAAUUGUUCGGCUUCAAUAUUGUGCAAAUUUCAACCGUGGUCAGUUGAUGUUAUUGGCAGUGGUAGUAACCUUACGUCGGUAACAGUCAGCCCGCUCUCGAAAAACAAACAUUUGCUCUCCUUCAAUAACACAGUUUCAUUGGGAGGUUAUGCUGCGGACUACUGUCAAGCGCGAAUAUCUACACUAACGCCUCUAUAUGUCUAUAUGCAAUUUGAUAUAUCAGCUACCAUUGAGUUCCUUAAUCACCACGAGCAAGCCACAAUCUCAACUAUUCAGCAGGUCUGUUGUGUCCCAUCUGGUAACUGCACUUCAUAGUG